CGGAAGCCGCAGCUCUGAGGGGCUCCGAGCUCCCCACGGGGCACCGCCGGCGCCACCAUGCGGCCCCCAGGACCCUGUCUGUGGCUGGUGCUGCAAGUGGUGGGUUCGUGCGCUGCCAUCAGCUCCAUGGACAUGGAGCGUCCGGGAGAUGGCAAGUGUCAGCCAGUGGAGAUCCCGAUGUGCAAGGACAUUGGCUACAACACGACCCGAAUGCCCAACCUAAUGGGUCACGAGAACCAGCGCGAGGCCGCCAUCCAGCUGCAUGAGUUCGCACCGCUAGUGGAGUACGGCUGCCACAGCCACCUUCGCUUCUUUCUGUGCUCGCUCUACGCGCCCAUGUGCACGGAGCAGGUCUCCACGCCCAUCCCCGCCUGCCGGGUCAUGUGUGAGCAAGCCCGGCUCAAGUGCUCGCCUAUCAUGGAGCAGUUCAACUUCAAGUGGCCCGACUCCCUGGAUUGCAGCAAGCUCCCCAACAAGAAUGACCCCAACUACCUGUGCAUGGAGGCUCCCAACAACGGUUCCGACGAGCCAAGCCGGGGUUCGGGCAUGUUUCCGCCACUUUUCAGGCCACAGCGGCCCCACAGCGCUCAGGAGUACCCGCUGAAAGACGGGGGUCCUGGGCGCGCUGGCUGCGACAAUCCCGGCAAGUUUCACCACGUGGAGAAGAGCGCGUCCUGCGCGCCGCUCUGCACACCCGGGGUAGACGUGUACUGGAGCCGGGACGACAAGCGAUUUGCGGUGGUCUGGCUAGCCAUCUGGUCUGUGCUGUGCUUCUUCUCCAGUGCCUUCACGGUACUCACGUUUCUCAUCGACCCCUCCCGCUUCAGGUACCCCGAGCGACCCAUCAUCUUCCUCUCCAUGUGCUACUGCGUGUACUCAGUGGGCUACAUCAUCCGCCUUUUUGCUGGGGCCGAGAGCAUCGCCUGCGACAGGGACAGCGGGCAGCUCUACGUUAUCCAGGAGGGUUUGGAGAGCACUGGCUGCACCUUGGUCUUCCUGGUGCUUUACUACUUCGGUAUGGCCAGCUCCCUGUGGUGGGUGGUCCUCACUCUUACCUGGUUCCUGGCUGCCGGCAGAAAGUGGGGCCACGAAGCCAUCGAGGCCAACAGCAGCUACUUCCACCUUGCAGCCUGGGCGGUUCCGGCAGUGAAGACCAUUCUGAUCCUGGUGAUGCGCAGGGUGGCUGGCGAUGAGCUCACCGGAGUGUGCUAUGUGGGCAGCAUGGACGCCAGUGCCCUCACCAGCUUUGUACUGGUCCCGCUGGCCUGCUACCUGGUUGUUGGCACUUCCUUCAUCCUUUCAGGCUUUGUGGCCCUGUUCCACAUCCGGAGAGUGAUGAAGACCGGUGGGGAGAACACAGACAAGCUAGAGAAACUCAUGGUUCGUAUUGGGGUCUUUUCCCUGCUGUACACUGUGCCAGCCACCUGUGUGAUCGCCUGCUAUUUCUAUGAACGCCUCAACAUGGAUUACUGGAAGGUGCUAGCCGCUCAGCAAAAAUGCAAAAUAAACAAUCAGACCAAGACGUCAGACUGUCUAAUGGCCUCCUCCAUCCCUGCCGUGGAGGUCUUCAUGGUCAAAGUGUCCAUGCUGCUGGUGGUAGGCAUCACCAGUGGGGUGUGGGUCUGGACCUCCAAGACCCUUCAGUCCUGGCAGCAUGUGUGUAGCCGAGGACUGAAGAGAAAGAGCCGGAGGAAACCGGCCAGUGUGGUCACCGGCACAGGAAUCUAUAAGAAAGCACAGUAUCCCCCAAAACCUCACUUAGGGAAGUAUGAGCUCCCUGUCCAGCCUCCUGGCUGCAUGUGAAGGAGCCCAGGAGAAUGAUGGGACAUGUAUGGGCUUUUCUUGAUUGGCUGGCUGGCUUUUUAAAUAAAAGUAAAAAUAUAUCUAGCUAUAUACAUCAAAAAAGCAAAAAGAUUAUAUAUAUAAUUAUAUAUACAUCCCUCAUUAUACAUAUGAAAUCUUUUUACUUUUUUGGUGUAUAUAUAUAUAUGUAUAAACACACAUAUAUUAAAGGCUACCCUGGUAAUUUAAGAGUGCCAUGCGUGGUGAAAGUAAAGAGCUCAUUUUCAUUGUGUUUUGGGCUUCAGUGAAGAGGCUCCACACUGCAGAAGCUUCUUGUAACGGGCAAAGUAGUGCAUUUGACUCUUAGAAGAAGAUUUUUGUUUAGGUCAGAAAUACACAUCUGUGCUGAGUGGGCUUUGCUGCCCACUUCCAAACAAGAUUCCUCUGCAAGUUAAAGAGCUUCUCCUUGGGCUCUCAAAUGAGCCACCCAGGGCCUGUCCCCCAAGAAGGCUGCAGCCUCUGAGGAUGAAGGAAAGAACCCUACCAGUCUUUGCAUCCCAGGGCCUUUGGAGUCCCAUAAGAGUCUUGCCCCCAGCCUUUAUAGCCAUCCUCUACAUGGAAACCUAGCCUAACACUGGUGAAGCUGGUGCUGUGCAAUGGAUACAUUUUGUUCUCCUUCCAUGAAAAUAAAAAGAACCGAAUGUUUUACUGUGUAUAAAAACAACAAAAGAAUCAAGAGACCUGGCCUGUAAACCCUUUAGCCUGUCACUCUUUGUGACUUUUUUUUUUUUUUUUUUUUAUGAAAACCAAGCCAGUGUUAAGACAAGUUUGGACUGAUGUGUGGAGAGAAGGAGCAAGGAAGGUCAUUCUGAAAUAUGCAAAGGGCUUAUUGGUUCUUUCAGUUGUUAAACAAAUGAUUUUCAUGCAUAGGUCAAGAACACUGGGAAAGACAGACGGUCCCCUCCUUUUCUACCAGACAGGGAGAAUGAUUCUUGCCUCUGUAUAUUUGUAACAUAUGGUAUUUUUCAUGUUCUACUAUUUUAUUAAUAAUAAAAAUCAUUCUUUAGUUUGCUGCUA